AUGUUCAAGAAAAAUAUCACCGUGAGCCAGACGUCGCUGCUUGGUGGCAAGGACAACAAGAGCCUGAAGGCUGCAGCAAAGAAAUCAUGCUCCUCUCUCAGCGAAGACCAGCUUUCGGAUCUGUUCUCCUCCAAGGCACUCAUCACCCUGAGCAAGCUCAACAACAGGUCGCUCGUGUACGGCAGUGAGGGGGGUGACCCCCUCUUCUUCGACCCCACAGGCCAUGGCGAUCGCCUCUUCCCCACGGUCUACACGCUGGCGAGGUUCCCAGACAUGCUCGAGAAGUUGUACACCUACUCCCCCGUGUCUGACAAGGUCCUGGGCGGGGCUGACCUCUUCCUCCAGGGCCUCAUCCUCCCCACCGACCAGCCCAUCCCCGCUUUCCUGGCGGGCAGCGUGAGAGCCCUUUGCGUGCCGGGAAACCCCAUCCCCUUUGCGGUGGGGACAAUGGCGGUGAGCAGGACAGAGGCGCAGCAGGCGGGGAUGAAGGGGAGGGGGCUCACCAUUCUCCAUUCCUUCGGGGACCUGCUCUGGCAGCUGGGCAGCGGCGCGGCACCCAACGCGGGAUUCACGCCCUCCCGCAUCCAUCCCUUGCCUGACCAGGCUGGGCCAGAGGACGAGGCCUCCCCUCGAGCAAAAUCCAGCGUCGACUCCCCGUCUGAUGAUGCGGAGCCUGACUCCCCAGAUCAGACUGAGGAAGCCGUCCCCAGUAUCGAGUCCCUGAGCGUGGCUGAGGAGAGCUCAGCACCACCCCCAAACGGUGCCGUCAGCCUAGAUGAGAUGCUGGAGCAGGCCGUUCUGGGUGGUCUGCAGACCCUGAAGGCCAUCGAGCUGCCCAUCCAGUUUUCCGACUUCUACUCCAAGCACAUGCUGGCACACCGGCCGCCAGGCGUGACCUUUGACCUGAAGCAGAGCAAGUACAAGAAGCUGUCCAAGCUGCUGGACAAGUUUUCCAAGGACAAGGUGAUCACGCAGAAGGUGGUGAGGAAGCAGGACACCAUCUCCGCCGUGGACCGGAAUCACCCGCAGCUCGCCGGCUUCACCCCGGCGGCCGCGCCCGCCACGGCACCCUCCAGCGCCUCGGCGCCCGCCCAGGCCCCCGCUGGGCCCUCCACCUCGGCCGGCCUGGUCAUCACCCCAUGCUACCGGGCGCCAGCCACGCUGCGCCCGCUGUUCGGCCCGGAGGCCGCCGCCGACAAGGAUCGGCUGUACGACGCGGCGGAAGUCGCCGCCGCGCUCUCCAGCUACGCGCAGCAGCAGCGGCUCCGGGGCGCGGGGGGAACCAUCGCGCUGGACGCCCUCCUGCGCUCAGCGCUCUUUGGAAAGAAGGAAGAGGUGUCCGUGGGCAGCGCGAUCCCGGAGCGGGCCCUGGUGGCCAAGCUGACGGACAAGCUGCAGCUGCACCACCGCUUGACCCGGCAAACACCCCAGGGUCCGGUGAGCACCGUGAGGAAGGGUGUCCUUCCCCCCAUUACAAUUGCAGCGGGGAAGAAGCGUGGGCACCCCAUCACCACCAUCAGCCACAUGGAGAGCUUUGGAUUUGUGCCCGAUGACCUUGCCAAGGACUUCCAGAAGGCCUUCUCCUCCUCAUGCAGUGUGGGAGAACUGCCAGGAAAGCAGGAGCACGACAUGGAGAUCACAAUGCAGGGGGACCUUGGUGCCAAGGUGGCGGUUUGGUUCACUGCACACCAUGGCAUCCCAGCCAAGUACAUAGACGUCAAGGGCUCCAAGAAGGCAUAG